CACUGUAAUGUAUAAAUAUUAGACACAGUCACGUGAGCAGGAAAACCUUUGCCCAUUGUGAUACUUCAACCUUUGAUAAAGGGAACCGGGUUGUAGCUGUACACAACCUUCUGCAGCUGCCCUUCUAUUACCACUUCCAGUUUCACUGUGUACAGGUACAUAUCCUUCAGGAAAAUGCAUGUUGCAGUGAUAGGAGCUGGAGUCAUCGGACUGUCCACAGCACUCUGUAUCCAUGAGCAGUACCACCGUAGCGUGUCGCCGCUAAAAAUCGAGAUAUAUGCAGAUAAAUUCACCCCGCUCACUACCAGCGAUGGAGCAGCAGGAUUGUGGCAGCCAUACCUCUAUGAUGAGGGAAAUACGCAAGAGACAAAAUGGAACAAAGAGACAUUUGAUUACCUGCUACAAUAUGUCAACUCAGAGGCGGCACAGGACAUGGGAAUUUUCCUGCAGUCUGGCUACAAUAUACUGAAAGACCCAGCCCCUGAGCCCUCAUGGAAAGACGUUGUGCUUGGAUUUCGCCAUCUAACCCCUGAAGAGCUUAAGCUUUUUCCUGGAUACAGUUAUGGUUGGUUUAACACUGCACUGAUGAUUGAGGGGAAAAGUUAUUUACCAUGGCUGACCAAGAGUCUUUUAAAACGAGGAGUCACAUUUAUUCAAAGGAAGAUUGAAAAUUUUGGAGAAUUGGCUGCACAAGGAGCAGAUGUUAUCAUUAACUGCACAGGGGUGCGUUCAGGAGAACUACAGCCAGAUCCUGAGUUAAAGCCAGGUCGAGGACAAAUCCUAAAGGUGCAUGCUCCAUGGGUAAAACAUUUCAUUUUAACUCAUGAUCUGAAGACAGGCGUUUACACUACACCAUACAUCAUUCCAGGGUCUCAGAGUGUCACCUUGGGAGGGAUUUACCAGCUGGGGAACUGGAAUGAAGAAAGCACCUCUGUAGAUAAUGGAUGGAUCUGGGAACAAUGUUGUGAGCUUCUACCUAGUCUAAAGAACGCAAAGAUUAUACAUGACUGGACUGGACUGAGGCCUGUAAGAAGCAAAGUGAGGCUGGAGAGAGAACGUUUUGUGUCUGGAACUUUGAAGAGCGAGCUCAUACACAAUUAUGGCCAUGGUGGUUUCGGUCUCACCAUUCAUUGGGGUUGUGCGAUGGAAGCAGCAAAGAUAUUUGGGCAGAUUGUGGAGGAAAAGAAAUUAAGGACUCCCAAGUCUUCUCUGUAAUAUGGACCCAAGAAGCACUGCGUAAUAUGGCUGGAGUAUAGGUUCUUGCUGUAUCGAGCCUCAUUAAGGCUCACAUUACCUGUAAAAUAACUGAUACAUCUUCAUGGUACUGUGACUCUCUAGAGACAAAAGCUAAUAGACACUAAUCUUCUUACUGGGAUACAGCCUUGAAGCAAAAUAAAGCUUUACAACUUGUCUUAAGGUUGUAAAAUGGGGUCUUGCUGUUGGUUAACAACUGGCUAAUUAUCACAUGCAUAUUCAGAUGCAAUAAUUAGGAUUUUUAGAAUAAAUACAAUAUAUAAUUUUU